GUCAGUCUGGAGAAGGUUGUCUGAGAGCGUAUUCGGUGUUGUUUUGAAUCUGCUAGACACGGACCGGAGGGGGUAGUGUUUUCAAUAGAAGAUGGCGGAUGUUGAAGGCGAUGAAAUUCGGUCGGCUUUACCUUCGGCAUCUCGUAAUGGACCUAGUGUUGGUUCGGUAGUCGGUACCACCGGACAAAAUGCCACAACGGUGACGUCAGGUCCAAGAGUAGUAAGAAUUGUCAAGUCGGAAUCGGGCUAUGGAUUCAACGUUCGUGGUCAGGUUAGCGAAGGGGGACAACUGCGGAGCAUCAAUGGGGAAUUGUACGCCCCUCUUCAGCAUGUUAGUGCUGUUUUGCCCGGAGGAGCAGCGGACAGAGCUGGCAUAUCUAAGGGUGACAGGAUCCUUGAAGUUAAUGGGGUGAGCGUGGAGGGAGCCACCCACAAGCAGGUGGUGGACCUGAUCCGGGCCGGGGAGAGGGAGCUGGUGCUGGCGGUGCUGUCCGUGCCCCCCCAGGAGGCGGACGGCCUGGAGGCAGGCGAGGAGACCUCGGUCCAGCCCAGCUACGACUACAGCGACAAGCAGGCCGUGCCCAUCUCCGUGCCCACCUACAAGCACGUGGAGCAGCACGCAGAGAGAUUUGUGGUGUACAACGUGUACAUGUCAGGCAGGCAGCUGUGCUCCAAGCGGUACCGGGAGUUCGCUAUCCUCAACCAGAACUUGAAGAGGGAGUUUGCCACCUACACCUUCCCCAAGCUGCCGGGGAAAUGGCCCUUCUCCCUGUCUGAGCAGCAGCUGGACGCCCGCCGCAGGGGCCUGGAGGAGUACAUGGAGAGGGUGUGCUCGGUGCGGGUGAUCGGGGAGAGCGACAUCAUGCAGGAGUUCCUGUCAGAGUCGGAUGAGAACUACAACGGUGUGACGGACGUGGAGCUGAGGAUAGCCCUGCCCGACAAGACCACCAUGUCUGUCUGCAUCCGCAAGAACAGCACCACGGACCAGGUCUACCAGGCUCUGGUGGUGAAGGUUGGGAUGGACAGCGUCAUGGCCAGCUACUUCGCCCUCUUUGAAGUCAUAAAUCACUCCUUUGUGAGGAAGCUGGCCCCCAAUGAGUUCCCCCACAAGCUGUACGUUCAGAACUACACGUCUGCGGUGCCUGGCACCUGCCUGGCGCUCCGGAAGUGGCUGUUCAGCCCCGAGGAGGACGAGCUGCUCCGGGACAACCCCCUGGCCAUGCACUACUGCUUCCACCAGGCACUGGACGACGUGAAGAAGGGCUUCAUCAAGACAGAAGACAAGUCCUACCAGCUGCAGAAGCUGGCUGAGCAGAGGAAGAUGGCCAUGUACCUGAAUGUGCUGCGUUCCUGUGAGGGCUACAACGAGGUCCUGUUCCCUCACUGCUCCUGUGACUCCCGCAGGAAGGGCCACGUCAUCACAGCCAUCAGCAUCCACCACUUCAAGCUGCACGCAUGCACUGAGGACGGUACUCUGGAGAACCAGGUGAUUGCGUUUGAGUGGGGGGAGAUGCAGCGCUGGGACACGGACGAGGAGGGCAUGGCCUUCUGCUUCGAGUACGCCAGGGGCGAGAAGAAACCUCGCUGGGUCAAGAUCUUCACGCCAUACUUUAACUACAUGCACGAGUGCUUCGAGAGGGUCUUCUGUGAGCUGAAGAGGAGGAAACAGGUGGAGGAGGAAGCCUCCGACAAGGACAACAAGAACUGCAGCAGCAGCAGCGAAUAUCUCCCUCCUCUGGAGAGCCAGAAGGGAUGGCGCCAUCUAGGGGGGGAGAUCGCCACCUCCUAAGACCUCUCCAGAAGCAGGAGGAGGAUCGGAGUCCACCCACGCCACCACAGCCACCACAGAACCCACGACGGCGCCAUUCCGCAACCAACCAUCCCCGGACGGGCUGAGACGAGCCCGACAUCACCCCAAGAUUCACUCCAAACCCAGGGAAACACACAGCGGAGGACAGCAUCGAAGGAAAACAGGGGGAAAAGCGUGA